AAGUGUUUCACAAAAAGGAGCAAUAAAGACCCACAAAUGAAACUUGAAAUCCACGUUACUAUUUGUGAACUCGUAGCUAAUUUUGAUGUACAGUAUGCUGCAGUUGUGUCAGCUGUAUGUUGUUGUAAUGGCGUCAAACAGACGCUAGAGGGGACAGAUUGGGAUGAUGACGUCAGCUAAUUUAGACGACGGAAGUCUUUAGGAGUUGGGGAAACAACGACAGAGUUUGAAUCUAGUGAUGGUGUAAGAAAGCAUGCAUAUUUGAUUUGGGUUGGUAAAAUAGUUAUUUAUAACGAGUCGUCGUCUUUUUCAAAAGAAAUCAACAACUUCUCAGUCAGUUUUAUUUUGAAGGACAAACACUAAACCGCAUCCUGUUUACGUACGCGGAAGGAAUGCACUAAGAUUUGUUGCAAACAUGAAGUUUAGCAUACGUGCUGCGACUAAAGCAGACUGCAAAGACAUAUCGAGGUUAGUAAUGGAGUUGGCAGUUCAUGACAAGAUGUCUGAUCAGGUUAAGAUAACAUGUGAUGAAUUAGAGCGUGAUGGUUUCAGCCAGAUUCCCUUGUUUGAAUGUAUUGUUGCAGAAGUCUCUGAAGAGAAUAAAUCUAAGGAAGGGUUCACAACUGUGGGAUAUGCCCUUUACUUUUACAUCUACAGUACAUGGAAGGGACGGUCAAUGUAUUUGGAGGACUUGUAUGUGAUGCCAGAAUUCAGAGGAUUUGGCAUUGGAAAGAGUUUACUGAGCACGGUUGCGAAGGUGGCCAAAGAGAAGCAGUGUGUGCGCUUGCAGUUGAAUGUGUUGGAUUGGCACACUUCAGCACGAGACUUCUAUGCUGCAAAAGGAGCUCGGGAUCUCACUGUUGAGGAAGGAUGGCACUUAAUACGUUUUGAUGGACAGGGCUUGGACCAUUUGGCAAAUGAAGCUCCAAAGAAUUAGAAGUUGUUGAAAAUGCUGUAGCGCUUUAAGCAUGUUAAUAAUUGGGAACUGGAAUUUUAUAUAGAAAAAUAAAUGAAAAGUUAAUUAUGUAACAUGAUUGCUAUAUAAAAAAGGUAUAGUGAUCUUAAUCAUGAUGCAAGUCAAGAAGCGCCUGUUGUAUUGCUAUCAUCUCCGACGUUUAUGCUUGUGUUUUCAUCUAAAGAUUUAAGGUAUGUAAAAUGUAAAUGAUUGUUUUUAAAAACAGCAACUACUUAAUCAAAAAGUAUCAUCAGUAUCAAUUAAUAAAAACAAAUUAAACCUG